AUGUCCGCAAUGAAACAAUUGUUGAGGUUGCAAUCUGAGCGACUUACUGAGAUUGAAGAGAAAUUUCUAUAUAUGAGGGAAUUGCCCGAUGAAGUGAGUUAUAAGCGUGGGGAUAGCUCCAUGAGCUCUGCUACACACAUGGAGGAGUGUGUCGAAGAGCUUGAUAGUUUGCAGAAGAACAUACUAAAGUUGUUCAAUGACCUAACUGACGACUUUAGAGCAACAAUAGAUGCCAUCAAAGCUGAGAUGGCAGAAAUGAAGUCGCAAGCCCUUCCCAGGGGUCCUAUCAAGCAAACCCAAAUCAACAAAGGCCCUCACCGAAUAGCCGAGUGCUUGCACCAAGAUGCCUUGACAGCCUUACGAGCCUCAGAAUCCAAAGGAAAGCCUCUUGUCAUAAGGAUGCUUCAGAAAGGGGCCUUAUGUCCAUUGACGCAGUCAUCAACUCCAAACCUGCAAAAAGCACCAUGUGAAAGUGCCCUAUGGGGCCCCGAUCCUGUUUCAGAAGAAGAAGGAUGGAUGUUACGACUGUGUAUUGAUUACAGGGCUUUGAACAAAGUUACAGUUUGCAACAAGUACCCACUACCGAUCAUAUCUGAUUUGUUUGAUCAGUUGAAUGGAGCUCGAUACUUUACAACGCUCGACCUCCGAUCGGGUUAUUAUCAAGUUCGCAAUGCAGAAGGUAAUGAACAGAAGACCACUUGCUUGACAAGAUACAAAGCCUUCAAAUUUCUUAUGAUGCCCUUUGGUCUGACGAAUGCCCCUGCGACGUUCUGUACCAUGAUGAAACGAGUUUUUCGUGAGUAUCUCGACCAGUUUGUGGUGGUUUAUCUGGAUGACAUAGUCGUCUACAGUCCUACCCUGGAAGAACAUCAAAUUCAUCUCUGA